AUGGAUGCCAGAGACAAGCAGCUUUUACGCUCCCUGCGCCUGGAGCUCUGCACAGAGGUGCUGGUGGAUGGAGUUGUUAUUCAGUAUCUCUACCAAGAAGGGAUUCUCACGGACAGUCAUGUUCAAGAAAUAAAAUCCCAAACUACCAGUCAGAGGAAAACCAUGAUGCUCCUUGAUAUUCUCCCCACCAGAGGACCCAAGGCUUUUGAUGCGUUCUUGGAUUCCUUACAGGAGUUCCCAUGGGUUAAAGACAAGCUGAUGAUGAAACGUAAGGAAAUGACAGUACAAGAUCCUGCAGAUGUAUCUGAAAUCGCACCACGCAUUUUGAAGACUUCACCAACAGAUCAGCAGCUGAACAAGCUUGCGAGGAGACUGGGACCCGAAUGGGAGCAUAUAGUUCUGUGCUUGGGUUUGUCCCAUACUGACAUCUAUCGAUGUAAAGUCAAUCACCCUCACAACCUGCAGUCGCAGAUCGUAGCUGCGUUUGUCCUGUGGAGACAGCGUUUGGGGACAAAAGCAACAAUCCAAAGUCUGCAAGCCGGUCUGAUGGCAGAAGAAGUGGAUCCUUCUGUGAUACAGUACAUGCUUGAGUGAAGCUUUGCUGUUGAUUGGGGGCUUUCAAGUACUUUGUUAAAUUAAUUAAAGAGGAAUCACUGAAACGUAUGUUGAAGAUCUGACGCCUCAAACUGGAAAAAAUGGGGUUGGGAAGUGUGGUUUUAUUAAGCUUAAACAUUCCAGUUUUCUGUGGCAUCUUGUGACUUGUAAUUCUUUUCAUGCCAGAUUAAUUUUUAGCAGGCAUUAAAAAAUGGAUCUCUC